AUGGAAGCAAAAUUAGCCGAAUUUCGUAAGACACAUAUUCAGAAAAAGCCAUUAAUCAAUUGGCAUGAAAUUAAAUUUCGUUUUAUAUCAAUAUUCUCAUUUUUACGGAGAAAUUCAUAUGAAAGAAAACCAAAAGAAGAAGUUGAAGAAAACGAACAAGAGAAAGAAGAAGAAGAGACGUCUAUAAAUAGUUGGCAAAUCAUCUUAUUGAAAUUUUUCGUAUGGCUAACAUUAUUGUUAAUAUUUAUUCGUCUCGAAUUUGGUGCUAUCUAUUUUAUAAUUUCACUUCUUUAUGUAAUGUGGUCUAGUUUGGGCCGUCGACGCGAACGUAAUCAAUUGAGUGCUUAUUCUGUAUUUAAUCCUAAUUUUGAAAAAAUCCAAGGAACAUUUUCAGCAGAAGAUUAUGAUCGUCAAUUGAGACGUGGUGGAUCGCCAUUUUUUUCAUCAUAA